UUUCACACCAUAGUGAUAGCUUCGAUUUGACUACUCUGAUGCGACUGGCUCCAGCUCGUCAACUCCCCAUUGACGUCAAGCGGACCUAGAUUCUUCCGCGCGACAACCUCACGACUGACGAUUCUACAACCGACUCUCUCAACUCGAUCAAAAAGAAACAACGAAAUGUCCAUCCACCCGACCCCCACAAUUCUAAUCCCCCACCUCCCCCCGAAGACCUUCGUCGGCAUCGACCUCGUCACCUUUACCUCUACCGCAAACUUCCACGGUAUCCGCGAUCUUCCACCAGGCUGGCAUUUCUUAUACUCGGGCACAACAGAGGCAUUAUCGCUGCGCAGUGGGGGGUGGUUUUACGUUCAGGACAAUGAGGACAAUACUCGCAGGACAGUUGCGACAAGGACAGCGACAGGGACGGGGUCAGGGCCGGAGAUAUUCAUCUGGAAAUGGGACGUGGACACAGAAACGCUCGUCCCGUUGAAGGGGGAUAGCAAUGCAGAAAGACAAGAGGCGAUGCGCUUCAAGGCGAAUCUGGGCAUGAUCUGGCAGGCGGGAAAGCUGUUUCGGUAUCGCAGUCGGGUGACUGCGCAGGGUGUGCAGAAGAAUCAGGUGGUUGACGAGGAGGAUGAGGAAAUUGAAGAAGAGGGGAGGAGGGAUUGGAGUGGUUUGACGGAUAGGCUGUCACAAGAUGUUCUAUUGAGAAUCGUCGGGGAUCCAGAGGUUGAUGCUGAUGGGCGGCCGAGGUGGAUGAUUACGUCUGCUAGUACGGCGAGGAGAGAUACGGAUGAUAUUCCAGGGCUGGCCAGUGCUGAGCCAGAUGGAGCGGGUGUGGACGGGAUGGGGAGACAAGAAGUUGAAUUCUCGUUCCUCCCAAUCGAGCUGCGAAAGACAUGGCGAGAGGGCGCAAUCGGACGAGAACGAACAGAAGCAGCACAAGACAAAUCUUGGGCGCUGGGCGAUCUAGUCAAACAAUACACCCCCACCGACUCAACAAACCACAGCGAAGGCGAGACCCAAAUUCUCGGCGAACUCCAAUUCACCUUCCUCACGGCCCUAACCCUCCUCAACUUCUCCUGCCUACAACAAUGGAAACGCCUCCUCGAACUAAUCCUAACCUGCCGCGCCGCCAUCGCAGAACGAGAAUCAUUCAUGCGCGACGUCCUCCGCCUACUCCUCCUCCAACUGCAACGCUGCGACGAUCUAGAAGGUGGGUUCUUCGCCAUCGACGCAGAUGAAGGCGGCGAGUUCUUGCGCGGCUGGUUAGUCAGAUUCGUCAGGUCGUUCGAGGAAGUUAGUCAUGUCGGCGCUGGGUCUAUUGUCAAAGACGAGUUGGAUAAACUGGAGGCUUGGGUGAGGAAUGAAUAUGAGUGGGAUUUGCACCCUGAGGGUGUUCUUAGACGUGGGUUGUUGCAAUUGGAGGAUGGGGAGGAGGUGGAGAUGGAGAUGGCUGAUGAUGAGGAUGAGGAGACGGGGGAGUAUGCGCCCACGGUUGUUGAGUUGGGGAGUGGUUUUUAGCCUAUAUGUUCUAUUACAUGUACUAUAUCCCAUUGUCCAUGAUUGAAAUGGCUGAAAACGAAAGGCCGUGGUUAUACUGUUGCGCAGUUCCGUCUGCAAAGACAUACAGUCCUGUUAAUGUGGGGCCUGGGUUUUGCAGCUUAAUGGCCACAGCCGGAUAUUGGGCAUGCGUAUCAAUCGGUGAGUGAGAUGUUUGAGAUGAUUCCGCUUUUAAGGAGACUGUUUGUGGCG